CUAUACCUUUUCCCUCUGGCGCUUUUUUGUUUUUUAUUUGAUUUUUCUUUUCCCACUUUUUUAUUUUCAUUAUAUUUUUCUCAACAAAGAAGAGAACAGAGAAAGAUCUGAAAACAACCGUACGUGUCUCACUCCAAACAAACCGCUCCUCCGUCUCACUCUGGAAACAACCGUACGCGUCUCCGUCUCACUCCAAACUCACAAACUGCUCCUCCGUUUUAGAUCUGAACACGCAGCUUCUCUGUUAGUGAACACGACGCUUCAAGCUUCUCAGUUAGUGAACACGCCGCUUCUUACCACUGUUGUUUGAUUUCGUUAACCUCACUUCCUUUUCAAUUUAUGAUUUCUAUUUGGUUUCAAUAAAUUUCGUUAGGGUUUUAUAAUUUCUCUACAUCGGGUUUCAAUCAUUUAUCUACUUAGGGUUUCCUUCUUCUUAUGAAUGAAUUGAUUUGUCAUUGAAAAGAUUUGAAAUGUUUUCUGUGUGCUUUUUGUAGGACUGGUUAUAGGACUGCAUAUAGUGUUGGUUGAUUGAAGGUUGAUUGUUAGAGGAAGGGAGUAACAACAAGAAAGAAUCAUUUGAGCCUCGAUUUAAAUUUAUGACUAUUGAAGCUCUUGCAAAGAGAUAUUGCAAGCUUAGCAUUUCAAAGAAGUGGGCUACACAUAGACAAAAUUUGUGGGUUACCUUCUAUGAUCCAUCAAAAUCCCGAGAUGAAAUCAUAAGUAAUGUUCCUAGAGGUAUAAACCCAAUUCAAUGGGCUCAUUUUGUAAACUACCGUUUGAAACCAGAAACACAGGAGCAUUGUAGAAAAAAUAAAGAAAAUCGAAGCAAACAAGUUAUUCCUCAUACUGAUGGUUCUAAACCUCUUUCGAGAAAAAGACAUGAGAUGUUUUUGGAAACUGGACAGAAGCCUAGUCGUGGAAAAUUGUAUAUUGAAACCCAUAAAAAAAAGGAUGGGUCAUUUGUAAAUGAUGCAGCAAAUAGUACAGUGGAACAAAUUGAAGUGGGUUUGACUCAAAACAGUGUUGAUGAAUCUGUAAUUUCUCCUAAUGAUGUUGUCGGUAGAGUGCUUGGGCCUGAGCAUCCUGGAAGAAUGCGAUGUUUGGGUAUGGCAGCAACUCCUACUAAUACAUUUACAAGCAACAUAGUCCGACUUUCACAUUUAAGUAAUUCUUCGAUUGUUCCGUCUACAUCAUCGCCUAAUUACUGGCAAGAAAAGUACACAAACUUGGAAAGUGCAUUUAAAGCUUAUCUUAUGAUGAAAGAAGGAUGCAUUCCUCAGGAAGUGGCUAACAUUUUGGGUUCAUCGAAUCCUGACGUUGCAAGCGAGCCUGAUUCACCUUUUAAUGCAAGAGGAUCAAGUGGUGGAAGCAAUAUCUGAUGCAAGAUUAUAAUUAGGAUUAUUACAUAUUAUAGUUUUAUCAAACAACAUUUUGUUGGGUUAUAAAACAUGUUGAUUCUAUAUUGUGUUAGGAUGAAUUUUAUGCUAUAUUAGGAAUUGUUAAGUUACAUUUGGUA